AUGGCACCUCGGGUGGCAGGCCGCCCCGCUGAGGUCUCCCUGGAAGAGGCUCUCGUGCGUCUUGCCGAGUUCCUUUCAGUCCAGCUGGGGGCGGAAGAGAGCUGCGGGUAUCCUGCCGGUCUGAACAAGCCUGGUGAUGUCCCCCCACUGUUGACGGUGACUGGUCAGCUCUUGGCUCUCCUGGCAUGGAUUCGGAGCCCCAGGGGAAGGCAGGCCCUGCCCCAGGAAACUCAGCCAGCCUCGAGGGUGCAGCCCCCCACUACUGCUGGACCCACAUCCCAAGAAAGCCCUUCCCUUUCACCGAGGGCUGAGGCCCAGGGGCAGCAGCCCCCCCAGUUGGCGGAGGACCAGAGGGCCUGGCAGCAGCUGGAGCAGCUCGUUCUUGGACAGCUGGAGGAGCUGAAGCAACAGCUGGAUCUGCAGGAGGAAGGGCUGGACCAACUUCACCUGGGAGUGGGGGCGACAGACUCUGAGAAAAGGGUGCAGCAUCUAACCCUGGAGAACGAGGCCUUGAAACAGAGCCUGCUCCUCACUCAGGACCUCCUGAGGCACUGGGGUGCUGGCCUCCCUGCCAGGGCUCCCCAGGAGGAGGCAGAGGCACUGGUGGAGCUCCAGGGCCAGCUUCAGGAGGCCCAGGAGGCCACAGAAACCCUCCGAGUCCAGCUGGGGGUGCAGGAGGUGCAGCUGCAGGGCCUCCGGGGGGCCCUCCGGCAGCUCCAGCAGGAAACAGAGCAGAGCUGCAGAAGGGAGUUGCAGCAGGUGCACGGGCAGCUGGCAGGACUCCGGGCACGCAUGGCCAGCCUGCGUCAGGGCUGUGGGGACCUCCGAGGUCUGGUCAGCACCUUUACCCAGAGCUGCCAGGGCUCCCUGAGCGAGGCCCGAGGCCAGGUAUCCUGGGCCCUGAGAGCACUGUCAGUCAGUGGGGCGGGGCCUCAGCUUCCUGAAGGGCAGCAGGAGCCCCCAACCGGAUGCCCAGGGCGGCUACUGGAGCUCAAGGGAAAUAUCCGCGUGCUGUGUCGGCUGAGGCCAGGGACGCCCUCCAGCCUGGUGAGUUCAGAGCCCGGCCCAGGCGGCACAGUCACCACCUGCUAUCGAGGGCACCAGCGUCGCUUCCGCCUGGACUGGGUCUUCCCUCCGGACGCGGGCCAGGAAGAGGUCUUCAGGGAGCUGGAGCCCGCGGUGCUGUCCUGUCUCCGAGGCUACAGUGUCUGCAUUUUCACCUAUGGCCAGACAGGGACUGGAAAGACCUACAGCAUGGAGGGCCCACCUGAGGACCCCGGCAUAGCUCCUAGGGCGCUGCAGUCACUGUUCCGGGAGAUGAGGGCCGGAGGGCACCCCCGAGUGACCCUCAGCAUGGUGGAGAUCUACAACGAGGCUGUCAGGGACCUCCUAGCCCCGGGGCCCCCUGAGCGCUUGGCGGUGAGGCAGGGCCCUGCAGGUCAGGGAGGGAUCCAAGUGGCUGGCCUCACGUACUGGGAUGUGCCCAACCUGGAGACCCUGCACCAGAUGCUGAGCCUGGGGAGGAGCAACCGGGCCACCGCCGCCACCGCCAUGAACCAGCACAGCUCUCGUGCCACCUUCGGCCCAGACAGUUGA